GCAAUUAGUUAAAAAUUCGAUGUGAUGUUUUUGGAGAAAAAAUUUAGGAGCUAAACAAGGCCUCAGAGCAACAUAGUAGCUGUCCAGUCAAACACCCAAGCUGUCAGAUUAACAAAGGGGCCCCACCAAAAAAAAAAGGAAAGCAAAGAACAACCUAUCAUUAACACAGCACAGUACAGCUGCACAGGAGGCCAUCUCACUUCUCUCUGGCUCUGUCCUGCCACAGAAAGAAACCAUCGAAACGACUCUCAACCAGCUAGCCGUUGUUGGUUGGGUCUGCGAGCUUUGGCACCGCCAAAAGCCCACCGGCCCAACGGCUCUCGCACCCCAACCAUGCACAUGUGUCGCCUCCCCAUUGGCUGCCCUGCCAUAGCCGUUGCUCUGCUAGUAUAUAGCCCCACCCGCUUGUUCCCCUCUCGGUCUUACUCCCCGCUUCUCCUCUGACACGAAAAAAAUUGCAUCUUUUUUUGUGUGUGUGUUUGUUGUUUUGUUGCUUGGUGUUUGGUGGUAGCCAUGGCGGUGGAGGUCGUCGUGUCUGAGGGUGUGGCGGCCACCGCGGCAGCUGAGGUGGUGGCGCCGGAGGCGAAGGAGGUGAGCGGGGAGGCGGCUGAUGAGGCGGUGACGCUGGCUGCCGUUGUGUCCAAGAACGCGUCGUUCAGGGAGGAGAGCAACUUCCUGGAUGAUCUCAAGGACGGCGAGAGGAAGGCGUUGGCUGAGCUCCGUGCCAAAGUGGAGGAGGCCAUCGUGGAGGGCAAGCUGUUCGAUGACGCCAAGAAGAAGGCGGCAGCGGAUGAGACUGCUGCCGGGGAGAAGAAGGAUUCCGAGAAGAAGGCGGCGGCGGCGGAGGAGGCUGCCGGUGAGAAUAAAGAUGCCGAUGAGAAGAAAGAGGAGGGGCGGGUGACGGAGAAGAAAGAGGAGGAGCCGGUGACGGAGGAGAAGAAAGAGGAGGAGCUAGGUGAGGAGCAGCAGCCCAAGAAAGAGGAAGCCGGCGAGGGCGAGAAGGCGGUCGCCGCAGAGGAGAAGCCGGCAGCGGAGGUGACGCCGCCGGUGGUUGUGGACAAGGAUAUCGCUCUGUGGGGCGUGCCGCUGCUGCCGAGCAAGGGCGACGACGCCACCGACGUCGUGCUCCUCAAAUUCCUCCGCGCGCGCGACUUCAAGGCCGGCGCCGCCUUCGACAUGCUCCGCAAGACCCUCCUCUGGCGGAGGGACUGGAAGGGCUUCGCCGCCACGGACGACGUCGACGUCGCCGAGGAGCUCCCCGCCGAGCUCGCCGAUGCGUGCUACCUCGACGGCGCGGACAGGGAGGGCCACCCGGUGUGCUACAACGCGCCCGGCGUGUUCGCCGACGACGCCGUGUACAAGAAGGCGCUCGGCACGGAGGAAGGCAAGGCGAGGUUCCUCCGGUGGAGGGUGCGCGCCAUGGAGAGCCACGUGGCCAAGCUCGACUUCAAGCCCGGCGGCGUCGCGUCGCUGCUGCAGGUGACGGACCUCAAGAACUCGCCGGGGCCGGCCAAGAAGGACCUCCGGGUCGCCAUGAAGCAGGUCCUCGAGCUCUUCCAGGACAACUACCCUGAGCUCGUCGCAAGAAACAUCCUGAUCAAUGUGCCCUUCUGGUACUACGCGUUCAGCACCCUCUUAUACCCGUUCAUGACGCAGAGGACCAAGAGCAAGUUCGUCAUUGCUCGCCCCUCCAAGGUCACAGAGACCCUCCUCAAGUACAUUUCAAUCGAGGCCAUCCCAGUAAAGUACGGUGGUCUCAAACGCGACGACGACACCGAGUUCUCCUCCGAGGACAGUGAAGUCACAGAACUGAUUGUCAAGGCAAGCUCCACUGAAACCAUUGAGAUCGAAGCCACAGAGGGUGACACCACGCUGACAUGGGACCUGACGGUGCUGGGAUGGGAGGUGAACUACAAGGAGGAGUUCGUGCCGAGCGACGAGGGCUCGUACACCGUCAUCGUCAGGAAGGGGAAGAAGAUGGGCUCGUCGGAGGCGGCGGUCCGCAACUCGUUCCGCGCCGGCGAGCCGGGGAAGGUGGUCCUCACCGUCGAGAACCUGACGCUCAGGAAGAAGAAGGUGCUGUUCAGGCACAAGGCCAGGAGCGCCUGUGCCAAGAAGUGCUGAGAACUUGGGCUUUUCUCGCUCGUGGUGAUCGUGAUGUGGUGAAUUCUUUGGAGGCUGUGAUGUUCGGUGGAUUCGUUCCAUUCUUUUGUCCAAGCGAAGUAUAAUCAUUAUUUGUAUGGAGAUUGUUUCAUUCAUUUACCUGAGAAUACAAAGAAUCGAAUCAUUACAGAA